AUGCCCAAUUCAGAUGACGACCUCCUCGCUCGCCUCAACGCGCUCAAGCAAUCCUCCGUCAGCUUAGAUACCACGCGCAACGCGUCGAUAGCGUCUACCAACCCUCCAAAACCCACCGACGAUCUCGCAGCACGAUUUGCGCGCCUCGGAUCCCCGUCGCCCUCCGGCUCUCCGCAGCCUUCGCGGACGGCAUCUACGAAUAACCUGGGCGCGCCGAUAGUGGCACCAGGCGCUCCGAGCUAUUUAGAAGGCAUUGCGCAGGGUGUUGGAGGGUCAAACGUAGAGUUCAACGAGGACGACGAGAAGAGCUUGGAGGAGCUACUUGGAGAGCUAAACGGUGCCGUUGGUGAUCCAAAGGAGUGGGAUGUGUUGAAGAGUGAACAACAAGAUGUUGGGAAAUUGCUCAAGGAUAUGUGCAAGAUUUUGCCGGAGGUUGUGAAUAGUCACUGGGAAAGCGUCGAAGUAAAUGUGGGAAGUGGAGAGGUCGCUAGAGCCCAAGGAGACACUGAAGAUCAAGACGAGGACGAAGAUGAAGAGGGGAAAAAGAAGACGGAAGACGACGAGGCAGACGACAUAAUUGCAAAAAUCAUGGCGGAACUUGAAUUGAGCAAGAAAUACGACCCCCCCUCUCCUGCCCCAGAAGACUCGGACUCGGAUUCCGGAGACAAGAAAGAAGAAGAUACUACAGACACCGGUCUUACACUCCCUUCCGCGCCCAGCACCCUCCCCGAAGGCAAUUUCGACCGCGCACAAGCAUUUGAGGAUGACUUCACCGCACGGCUAGCCGCUCUAUCUGCACCACGAAUUGAUUCCCUCGGCCUGCCAUCCGCGCCCUCAUUCGCACCUAGGAACAAACCACCUGUUUCAACAAAUCUCCAGAAAAAUAUCGACGAAGAGAUUGACACAUGGUGCAUUAUAUGUCAGGAUGAUGCUACACUGAAGUGUCUAGGCUGUGAUGAUGACUUGUAUUGUCAAAACUGCUGGAUGGAAGGGCAUCGAGGCGAGGCUGCGGGGCUGGAAGAGAAGACGCAUAAGGCGGUGUUGUAUGUGAAGAAGAAGAAACAGAAGACUGCUGCUUGA